UCGUAUUAUCAGGUUUAGGGGACGAGAUAAAAUACAAAAGAACAAUGAAAGUGAUUUUGCAUUUUGAAUUAUAAUAAUUGCGUCUUGAAAGAAACAAACAAGUUGAAAACUGAUAGCUUAUAUUAUAAAAGUGUUUACGAAAGAAUCUAAAAUUUAAAAGAAUAUUAAAUCACUAAAAAUGACUUUGAUUAUUUAUUCUAUUGCAUUUCUAAUUGCAAUUAUAAGUCAAAACUCUGAUGCCACAGAUGUUUUUGAAUUUCAAGACUGUAGUAACGGAAAAGGAAUUGCGAACUUUUCUAACAUAUCUGUAAAUCCACAUCCUAUUCCAUUGAAUGACAUCAUCAAUAUAUCUGCUGAUAUAACUCUUCAUCAAGACAUUCCAGAUGGAGCGGUAAUCAAAACAAACUUAUAUAAAGUAACCAGUCUGUUCGGGUUUACAAUUAAUAUUCCUAUACUUUGUAUUGGAGGUUACGGAUCCUGUUCUACGGAGCACUGCGAGUACUUGAAUACUAUGGAGAUUGUGUGUCCUUUCUUUCCAGGAGAUGAAAAAUGCGGUUGUCCAGUGAAGGCAAACAGAUACAGAGGAUAUAAUGUGCCCGUGAGAAUACCAGAGAUUGGAUCUAUCUUAAAGGCACUGGCAAGGGGUCAUUUCAAAUAUGAAUUGAGAAUAGUUACGAAGGAAAAAGCGAAAGAACUAAUUUGUAUUUCAAUAACUGGGAAAAUUGUUUGAAAUUAUUAAAUUUCGCUAAAAGAGCCAAGAAUUUUUUAAUGUAUCAUCAAAAAACAUCAAAAUAAAAUAAGU